AUGUCGGGGAGGAGGAAAGAUAGAAUCAGUCAACUUCCGAUAGAAAUACUUGACAAUAUUAUGGGAUUAUUGCCGAUUCAAGAAGCUGCUAGAACUGCAAUUUUGUCUACCAUUUGGAGAGAUUGUUGGUCCAAUCUCACACAACUUAAAUUUGAUCUUCAGUUCUGUUCUUAUGUUUGGAGGAAAUAUUUUGACAGUUAUAACAACACAUCAACCUGUAUGUAUAUAAUCAACAAAGUCCUCAUGCAACACAAUGGACCUAUUCGGAAAUUUGUCUUCGAUUUCAAGUUUGAGCCUGACAUAUCAAUCAGUAAUGCGCCUAAUUCUCGGAAGUUUGACUUUGAUCAAUGGUUCCUUUUUAUCACUCGAAAAGGUGUUGAAGAAAUGGACAUUACUUUUCCAACAACUACUAUUGCAACUUAUGAAAUAAAUAAAUACUUCAGGCUCCCAGAUUGCAUAUUUUCUUGCUUAACUCUUAAGAGGUUGCAUCUCAGCGGAGUAUUAGUUGCACCAACAAUAAAUGCCCCUUGCAUAUUUCCGAAUGUCACUUCACUUAGUUUUGACGAAGUUGUCUUUGGUACUAUUAAUCUGGAUUGUGUUAUAGAUGUUCCUAUGCUUGAGAUUCUCUCAUUUAGCUAUUGUGAAAAUGCGUCAUAUUUCAACAUUAAGGCUCCAAGGCUUGACAGAUUAACACUCAAUGAUUAUGAAAUUGAAGAUGAUAUUGAGUUUGAUGCAAGAAUCUCUGACUCUAUACUUUGGGAUGGACUGCAAAGUGUGGCUAAAGUGCUUACAAUGUUUAACACUUUCAAGCUUAGAUUAUUCAAUGGAUGGAGGUCUGAAUUGCAAUUCAUCAAGAUGCUGCUUGCUCACUUUUCCGCACUUGAAAAGGUUGUCAUUAUUCGUCGGGCGGAUCUUGACUCCCAUGAUCAGUUUGAAGUCAUGCAAAAGCUUUUACAUUUUCUUCGUGCAUCAAAGAAAGCAAAAAUCAUUUACAUAUAA